CACCCCUUCCUUCACUCCCAGGGCUAAGGGGCCCCCUGGCAACAGAACUUAGAACCCUGGGCACUGGGCGGGCAGGCAGGCGGGGCCCGCUGGUUGCUGGGGGAUGGCCUCAGGGUCUCUCACCAGAGGCCCCAGGAGUCUGGGGAGGAGACAUGGUGGGCUGGGGGAUCCCAGCUUUGAGCCUCUCCCUGCUGAUGCAGGGCUCAGUAGAUGGGAAUGGAAUCCAGGGAUUCUUCUAUCCAUGGAGCUGUGAGGGAGACGUGUGGAACCGGGAGAGCUGUGGGGGUCAGGCGGCCAUCGAGAACCCCAAUCUGUGUCUGCGUCUGCGAUGCUGCUACCGCGAUGGCAUCUGCUACCACCAGCGGCCGGAUGGUGAGUGCCGGGAGCGGGAGGGCCCGGGGUGGCGGCUGGCUGCCUGGUGGGUCAAGAGCCAGGACAUGCUGCACUUGUGCGGCUUCAGGCAAUCCAAGGGGCGCUCCAGGCUCUCCACCUCUCAGAGGUCCCAGGCCAGGAAGAAGUCCUCCGGCAGCCAGUCCGGCGCCAGCCAGCCUUUGAAGGGCACCCUGGAGGCCUCGGGGACCGAAGUGGAAGAAACAGAAGGGGAGGAGGACUAG